GUGCAGACAUGUAUUACACCCGUACCUUUGCAGGUUACUACAAUGAGUACUCCUUACAGAGCUACCGUUUCUUUUGCGCUUUCCUGCACACGAAGAUGCAGUACUCCACUCGUCUUGUCAAGAAAAAUAGCAUCCAGGGCUACUGCAGCCUAUACAGACGCUUCUCUGUCUGGCGCCCAGGAUCCAGCUAGCUCUUCAACACCACCGGGGUUGGACUACAAGCAGCGGAACGUUCUCGAUCGCGCCAUACGGGUUGACCAAGCUGGAGAGAUAGCUGCGAACUGGAUAUACAAAGGUCAGAUGGUCGUGUUGGGCAAGGACCUUCAUGUUGGUCCAAUUAUCCAAGAUAUGUGGGAUCAAGAAAAGAGACAUUUAAUUGUGAUGGACAAGCUCCAAGUACAACAUCAUGUCCAACCAACACUACUUUCUGGAGUGGCGAAGGUGGCUGGCUUUGGUUUAGGAGCUGUCACGGCCAUUAUGGGCAAAGAAGCAGCUAUGGCUUGUACAGAAGCUGUAGAGACUGUAAUUGGUGAACAUUACGACGACCAGCUGGUCGCUUUAGAAACAUUACCACAGUCACAUCCGAGUAUUCCACUAUUAGCACGAGUCAUCCGUGAGCUCCGUGAUGACGAACUCGAACAUUUGGAUACUGCGGUGCAGCACCAUUCACAACGCGCCCCAGCACACGCGCUCUUGAGUGCCGUUGUCGGAGGUGGUUGCAAGAUAGCCAUAAGACUUUGUAAGGAGAUCUAGUUUUGCUUAAUACCACUUAGUUCAUCGCAUAUGUAAUUUUCUGUUAACGCAACUUCGAGAGAAAAAAGAAAUAUAUUGUGGAUGUCUAAUC